ACGCACGCACGCACGCACGCACGCACGUGGUUUUUCGUAGAUGCCUUGUUCUUCGCAGCCAGCGCUCGGAGCGCAUCCGAAGAAAUGCAGCGAAUGCUUGGGCCCAUCUUGGGCUUCUACUUCUUCCUGGAAGUGAGAUGUAGUCCCUGUCAGGGUGGCCAAAUCGCGGAGCAGAAGCUCUGCUCUUCUGUCCGGGACUCCGCGGCGUGCAAUGAGAAGUACGCGUUGAUCAACAACAAGCUGGUGCAGUGCGGAUGGCGGCAAGGGAACUGCUUGACCACGGGCCCCUUCUGCGACAAGCCGCCCUUCACGUGCUCGUCCACCGGCGCCAGCCUGGAACCCAGUCAGUUCUUCACGGGCCAUACGGAGCCGGUGAAGAAUGGCAUCAAGGUUUGGGAUGACAGAGACUAUGUUCUGAAAGACUUCGACGCCAGCGGGGACAUGUCCGGUGCCACUUAUUAUCGGCUCGCCUAUCACAAGUCCAACUGGAAGGAUGCGGUACUCACCCUGAAGGGCGUGGAGGGUGCCACCGUGUUCCUGUGCUCUGAGCCCGGCGGACGCACCUGUGGCUGGGAGAGCUCCCUUCCAAAUGCGGGCUUUCAGGCAGUGGGAACGCUGGUGAAGUGGUCACUGGCAGAUUUCACCUGUUGGAAGAAGACGAUCACAACAGCAAGCUAUGCACUGCCAAAGAUCUCGACGGAUCAGUGCGUGCAGAUGCUGGCGGUGAAGUGCGCACAGCCGCCGCCUCCGUGCUCUUCCACCGCCGUCACGGUGGAACCCAGUAAGUUCUUCACGGGCCACACGGAGCCGGUGAAGAAUGGCAUCAAGGUUUGGGAUGACAGAGACUAUGUCCUGAAAGACUUCGACGCCAACGGGGACAUGUCUGGUGCCACCUAUUAGCGGCUCGCCUAUCACAAGUCCAACUGGAAGGACGCGGUACUCACACUGAAGGGCACAGCGGGUGCCACCGUGUUCCUGUGCUCUGAGCCGGGCAGCGGACGCACCUGCGGGUGGGAGAGCUCCCUUCCAAACGCCGGCUUUCAGGCAGUGGGAAAGCUGGUGAAGUGGUCACUGGCAGAUUUCACCUGCUGGAAGAAGACGAUCACAACAGCAAGCUACACGCUGCCGAAGAUCUCGACUGAUCAGUGCGUGCAGAUGCUGGCGGUGAAGUGCGGAGGAGUCAGUCUUCUUUCGAAGCGGAGUUUGAGAAAGGCCCAUCGGCUGGUUGCAUGAUCUAUGACUUUUAUUUGGGAGCCUUACCCGGACAUGAAUCCGGAUAUGUCCGCCCCUCCGGGUCCCUUAUUUUCAAAGGAAGACAUGCCCAUGGCCAUGCAAAGGCUCUGCCGGCCGGCAUUUUUUCUCGUUUGGAGCGGCCA